CUCGUUGGCGCAAGCAAAGUGAUUUGUCGAUUGACUGGACAUCGUCUGAAACUCACAGUUACUCAGUAGCAAGGCGCUCAGUCAUUACGGCCAGCAACAAGGAGAUAGCCUAUGGUCAAGCCACACUGCCUCCCUUGAACCUCGAAAAACAUUUUCCAUCCCCGCGGAGAAGCCGAAACACCCUUGCCGCGAGGGUCGAUACUUUAAUUACCUUACAACCCUUCCAGAAUGUCGUCCGGAUUUGUAUCCGCAGGGACAGAUCAAGAGCCCGUCGAGCGCAAUGAUGAAUGGCACCGAGUGCAGCAGGAGCUCGAGGAGGAACGCAGGCGCAAAGCAGAGUUGGGAAAACAGGAUGGAGGGAAGAGUCUGUUUGAAGUACUGCAGCAGAACAAGAUGGCCAAGCAAGAAGCCUUCGAAGAGAAGAUCAAGCUGAAGAACCAAUUCCGAUCGCUGGACGAAGAUGAGGUUGAAUUCCUGGACUCGAUAUUGGAGUCGACGCGAGCGAAAGAGGCCGCCGUGAAGAAGGAGACUGCCGAAGGUCUAGAGUUGUUCCGUCGCCAGCGGGAAGAGGCAGAAAAGACCCUUCUCGAAGAUACAGCUGCCGACGUGGUUCCGGCAGCGGAGGGAGAGGAUUGGAAACUGCCUGCGCGGAAACGACGACGCGAGAAGAGCAAGGACCUUCUUUUCCCCGGGAAAAAACGCAAGUCUUUGAGUGGCGACUCCGCAGGAAGCCCUAAAGGCGAGCAGGCACCCCCAACUACCUCCAAAGAGCCUCGGGCGGAUGAAUCACUGCCAAAGUCUCAAUCAACUCACAAACUCACCGAAACGCAAAAGCCCCUGAGUGCUGCGGAAAGUGCUGUCAGCCCCGGGGAACCCGUGGGAAAGAGUCCGAGCACGAACUCGCCAGCCCAGAAGCCAGCUGCAAAUUCAUCGUCACUGUCUCUCGGCCUGGCAGGUUACAGUUCAGACUCGGAAUAAACUCGAUGUUCUCUGGGUGAAUAUCAUGGCUAUCUGUAUAGCCUAUACGACUCGACACUCCCCCCUAAUAGUUUCGUGAUGCUUGCCAUGGCUUGCAUUUACCCGCAUAGCAGGUGAUGUCUAAUUGAAAAUCAAGAAAUUCUGCUACAGAGCAUCGUCAGAAGAUUAUAGCUUCAAGAGUCAAAGGACAAAUGCCC